CAGCGCCGUGCGCCGUGCCGUGUGCGCGUGCGAAGCUAUUCAAGCUAUACUAUAUAUGUAGGUAGUGCUAGUAGUGUGUGCAUGUUAUAUACUUUCAAGUUUCAACUCACUCAUACAGAUACAGAUAAUUCCAUCAGUGAUCAGAGUACGAGUAUUAGACUGUGUCAGAGCGAGGCGCGAGCAGAGCGCCAGUAGACUCAGCAGUCAGCGUAGCAGGCAGCAGCUCUUGGAGUGUGGUGUGUGCCGUGUGGUGCUUGUGCGGGACAACAGCGGCAUAUAUAUACACACACAUACAUAUAUAUAAGAGCAGAGCUGAGCUGAGCAGCGAGGACGAACGAAGAGAAGAACAGUCUGAGCAGUGCCUGUGUCGCGUAGAUUCGCUCAGCUUUUUUAACGUGUACAACGGCCGCUCGUAAUAGUUAUAAGUAGCUGCCGCGCAGAAAAAGCCAGUGGACAAAAAAGCAAGAAAGAAGGAAGGAGCGCGCGCGCUGUCACGCACGAGCCACCUGAAGUGCUCGCGCGAGCCGAGUCGCAGUCGGUCGGGUGCGAGAAAGAGAGAGAGAGAGAGAGAGAGAGAGAGAGAGAGAGAGAGAUAGCGCGAAAAGAAGCAGCAGCAGCACCAGCAGUAGCGCGACUACGACGAGGACGUUGAGUGCGACGUCGGCCACGGCGACGGGUACCUCGAACAGUGAACCUUCGCUACAGAGAUAAGCUGCACAAUAGCCGACAACAGGAUGUCGAACAAACCGGAGCAGGUCCUGAUUAUCGAGCCGCAGAAUGAGCUGCGAUUUCGGGGUCCAUUUACAGGAGCUCCAAUUGCUUCGUACAUGAAGCUCACAAAUCCAACAAAUCAUCAAAAAGUAUAUUUUAAAAUAAAGACUACUGCUCCAAAACGAUACUGCGUCAGACCAAAUUCUGGACUGAUCAAGCCAAAGGAAAUCUGUGAAAUAGCAGUUUGCCUACAACCAUAUGAUUUUGAUCCAAAUGAAAAGAACAAGCAUAAGUUUAUGGUUCAAACCAUUGUAGCUUCAAACGAGGAUCCGGAUGAAGAUCCAGCAGAAAUUUGGAAGGAUGUAAAUGCUGAUCAGUUGAUGGAUACAAAGCUCAAAUGCGUUUUUGAGAAUCCUGUUAGUGCUACUACUGCAACUAAAGCUAAAGCCACCACUUCAACGAGUAAACCAGAUUCGAAUUCCACUGAUGGUAAAAACAAGACUGUUGGAGAGCAAACUAAGCCAUCACCAAAGGCUGAUGUGGAAACCGAUGAGAAGUUAUUGAAGGUAGCCCAAGAGGUUACUCAACUCAGGGUAGAAGAAAGUACUCUCAGACAAGAGAAUCUGCUACUUAAGGAGGAAAUAAUGAAAUGGAAAAAUGCAGCACUAGGUAAAGAUGUAAGUCUGGCAUCAUCAGUUUCAGGCUUGACUUCGCAUAGCAACAGUCCAAUGCCCAUGUCUACUACCAGUAUAAUCAUCGCCGUCGCUAUGGUCGUAGUCGGUUAUCUACUGGGGAAAUUGAUCUGAAGAGCAUCUGCCUUAUCGUAACCACCUUUGGCACACCACCUUCUCCCCCUUCCACACUUUUCUUAGCCUACCCUUCCUGCCACUCGAUAUAUGCCAUCGACACUACUGCUAUCAACUGUGAAGAGAGAAAGCAAAACGAUUUACCGAGUCAACCAGCGUCACUCAGUUCAUAAUAAAUAAUUAUUAUCAACUUCUACAGUAGUAUGGUCUACGUAAAGUAAUUAGAGUCGUUUGCUAGGCCAGUGUGCUUAAUGCAAUAAAGGAAUGCGGGAGUAAAAUCCUUUUUUAAGAAGCCCAAAGCAUUAGCUUAGUAAUAAGUCUUCUUAGUUCGGCUCGUUUCUUUUUUCCGUUUCAUUAAGGCAAACAGUUCACAAAUAAUUUGAAGUAGGAUUGUAAAUAACAUUUUUAAUUCUUCGUUAAAGUUUUAGAGGGAAGAAAAAAAGGAACGGGGCGCACAAAUUCACGGUCGCAUUCCCUUUUGCUAUUGUUUUAUUCAACUGCUUUUAUCUUAACUGUAUAAGUUUUUCUUUCUUACAAAAGGAUUUUCGUAUUGUUGUGCCGCGCGUCAGUGUCUUUAACAAAACAAAAAAGUUUUAAAAAAAUGCAAAAAAAAAAAAAAAAUUAAAAGAAAUCAUGCCACUAUUAUACUAAUAGACUUAUUAAAAUGACGUUUCCACACAUUUAAAUCGAGUCGCUUUAAAAGAUGAUGUGAUUCUUGAAAUUUUAUGUAAAAAAAAUCGAAACUCCACCAUCAAAGAUAAAAAUAGCCCGUUUCAACGGCAAUUUAGGAUUAGAUAUACUAAAUAAACUUCCAUUGCGGAAGUUCGUCUGCUCGCUGUUACUUUGCAGUGAACCUUGAGCAACUUUUUCGGAAAUUGGUUCUGAGCCACACCCCGUCCAUCGACACCAUAGACUUGCUUUCUGGCUCAGGGCUCGCGUUCCGUGCACCGUAUCGUCAAGCGAAGAUUUUAUCGCAAGAAACUAUUUUUGCUUAUUUUUUUUUUUUAUAGGAAAGUUAUGUUACCAUUUACAAACUAUCCUUAAAAGCAGACUCAUAGUUAAGUCUAGAACAAAAAUCUGCAUUUUUUGCACUGUUUUAUGUGGCUCUUAGUUUUACAACUUUCCGGUAAUUAAAAGUCGGUAUGCCUCAUUAAAAUCAUGUAUGAAAAACGUUUAAAAAUAUUGACGAGAAUCGAAUGAGAGAACGUAGAAAUGCAAGAAAAUUAAGCAAGUUGUAGUCAUUGUUUUGGUUACACAUCCUUUUGAGAAAAGCGCGAUGCAACUGAGAUGAGAACGAUAGUGUGAUGAAUACGAUUCGAUUGUAUCUAGGGAUAAGCUUGAGUGGCUUUAAGAAUGUCCGCGUGCGUACAAGCAAAAAAUAGACGAAAAGAACUUUUCGAGAAUCGUGCAUAGGCCAAAAUGAUAAGAUGAACAAUCGGCAACCGUGAGAUUCACGACCGAUAACACACUGACAUACAUAAAACGAGAUCUAUACGUAUAUCUUUAAGAAGCAGUGACGGCAGUUUGGCUUUCGUCCGGGCUCUUAUGUUGGUCUUGCGCGAAUUUUUUCUUUUUCUUUGACGUACCUGUAUUUUUUCUUCUUUACUUCUUUUUGUAAUUGUUUCCUGCCUUCGGUCCUCUUUACAGAGUGUACAAAGGCCUUUCGUGAUAUGGACGAGGUUGCUUUCACUCUUCAAAUGUUAAGAUUAAAAAAGAGGGAGGCAGAUAGAAAGUGAGGGAGUGUACUAAAGAAUCAUAAGAUAAAACAAAAUUGUGGAUGAAUUAUAACGAGGUGGAGAAGGUGUAUGCGCAUAAACAUUUGUGGGAGGAAGGGGGAAGGGAUUGGUUAACUUGUAGUAGCGAACAAUCGAUGAUUCGCGAAUAACUAUCUCCAACUGUUUCACGAGAAGACGGCGCACUAUUCCAUUGAGGUUGACGAAUAGACUUUAUCAACCAUUGCUUUUCAGUGUACUUUUUAAUUUAUUUAUGUUUGUCUUUACAUUACGAGAAAGGUUAAUUGAAAAUAUAAAACGAUGAAAAAAGUGAAAAUGCAAGUAAUAAUGAAAAAAAGUGUCGAACGACGAAUUUAGCGAGCUUCGUAUAUGUACUAUUAUUGCUUAUUACCUUUGUCUGUUCAGUGACGAAAAAUUGAUUUUGUAUAUCUGUUCAAGAAGACGAUAAUCACGAUAUUCAUUAAUAAAAAAUUAUCAAGUUGAUAGUUACUUUGAUCGAAAAACUAGGAACAGCAGAUGGAGGUGUCCCAUAAAAACUUUUUUGCAUAGAUAUAAAGCUUUGAGAGGAGACUUGAUCGACGGGAAUCAAUAUUGUAAAAACCAACGCAAGUAGCGAUGAGAAGAGUUUCCUAUUCGUACACACAUUGGUAAACCAUCAAGAUAAAGUCAUUUUAUAAUUGGAGUAAGAGCAUUUAUGUAUUGUUAAUGAUGUAAUUGUAAAGUAUUAUUGACUAUUCAAAUAAUUAUUGGUUUAAAAUUAAUUUUAAAAUUUUCGUGCACGUUUAUAGAUCGAGUUUUUCAUUACAAGCAGUGACAUACUUUAUUUUCGUAUUUGCUUACACAUUAUAGAAAAAAUUACUCAUGAUAAACAAACGAGAAUUCAAUACAAGUGAUUCUUCUUAUUGAUUCAAACAAAAUAUUGACUGAAAUUUUGAAAAUUUCACAAGCAAUAUUUGUAUUGUGAAUUGUAAUUGCAAUUUCGUGCUCUUGAAAAAAUAUAAAUCAUUCUAUAUAAUUUCAAAAUUUCAGUGCCAUCAUAUUUUUUAAAUUUAUUUUAUAUUCAAUAAACUAACGAGUUUAUUAUUUGCUCCACGCCAAUACAAUUUUUUAUUUAUUGAAUACAAGUAGAUGUAUAUAGAUACAGAUAUUUUUUUUUUAUUUUUACGCAUUUUUCUAUAAAUUUACUUUUAAUAUUUAUAUAAUCGUAGUCUUUGAUGACACUUGAUACUGAAGUGUUACUACAAAAUUUCGUUUAUGAAGUCCCGGCAUAUGUAUAAAGUGAAAAUUUUCACAUAUAACAUUUAAUAAAUUUUGAAUUUUA